AUGACUCCUUUCCGUCCUCACACCUGUAGGAAGUGUAGGAGGAUUGUAAUCGAUGGUACUGGUCCCGAAGUCGACCUUUCCUUGGAGUUUUCAUAUCGCAAAGUUAAAAAACUUAGCAAAGAUUGCAAGUUCUUCCGUUGGACUUUGAGAUCGUCAGCCAAGCGUCUACGUGCAUCAUACAAAUUGAGUUUAUCUAUAUCAACCGAUUCCGAGGACCUUGUAUAUCUUAACGUAGGGUGGAUGGAUGAAUAUGAUAAGCACGUGUCACCAGGUGACGGAAAGCGACAGCUGCACAUCUUUAGUACGGAACAUGGAGAUGCUGCCGAAUACAUUAAAUCAAGGCCCCUCACACGAUCUCGAGCGUCAUCAGUCACACUAGAAAAGUGUUUGGAACAUUACAAAAGUUGUUUAAAUCACGAAAUGUGUAAGGAGGCCCUGAGGAGUAACAAAAGAAACACAGCACCUAAAAGUCUCCUCGAGAUUCGACAAAAUUCAGAACUGUAUUUAUACACAGUCCCUCAAGGGGAAAAUCCCCUCUACGCAGCAUUGACCUACUGUUGGGGUAAUUCACAGCAACAGCAAAAUGCAAAAACGACAAGCGAAAAUGUUAAGAAUCGGCAUGGCGGAAUAGACAAACGCCAGCUACCGCAAACGAUUAUAGAUGCUGUCAAAAUAGCUCGGACACUAGAGUUGUCUUACCUUUGGGUAGAUGCGCUCUGUAUCGUCCAAGACAAUGUGUUGGAACAGGAAUCGGAAAUGUCAAAAAUGGAAAGCAUUUAUAGUGCAGCCACUAUUACCAUCUCAGCAGCUAGCGCUAAUGAUAGUGCAGAGGGGUUUCUUGGGGAUCGUGACCUUAAGAAAGCGUAUGGUAAUCUGUUCAAGCUUCCGUAUCACAACAAGCGUGCCGGUCAUGUGGUGAAAGGUUGGUUAUUACUCUCUGAGCACCCCAUCGCAGAUACGUAUGAAGAAAAUAUCGACAAAAGAGCAUGGACAAUGCAGGAAGACAUGCUCUCGGUCCGUCUUUUACGAUUCGGUUCAAAGCAGACGACUUGGCGGUGCCUACAUCUAUCCGAAAGCCUGGAUGGAGGAGGUUAUCCAAUGUUAAAAAAUAAGGAUCCUGAUUUUUCCGUGGAUGAUCCUCACCGAAAGAUCGAAGUGCAGUCUAAUGUCUCGUAUAGUGGUUCAUUGGGUGGCUCAUGCGUAAAGAUAAACUGGCUAGACGCCGUAACCGAGUAUACACGUCGAAAACUCACGAUACCAAGCGACAGACUGCCUGCUUGUGCGGCGCUUGCAAAGAACUUUGGAGAUAUAAUGGGCUUCGAUUCAUCCCAUUACCUUGCAGGGUUAUGGAAAGACGACAUAUGUGCACAACUUCUAUGGCGUCGCCUAGAAGCGAGACAGGCGGAAAGUACAUGUGGCCCCUCUUGGUCCUGGUCGUCCAUUAACGGACCCGUAGAAUUCUUCGAACGUUAUCUUUUGGAGGACUGCAACUUUGAAGUAGAUGCUGCAGCAAAAUAUGUAGGCAGCUAUAGGGACUCCAUGCCUAACGAUCAUAAAUACUCUGACGUUGGAUCAGGCCGCCUUCAGUUAAAUGGUCGACUGAAAGAGGCACACUGGGAUUCUCUCUCUCUUCGACGAAGCAUUAGCAAUGUUGAUGUCUUACCCUUGAGGAUAUAUUGGGAUGUAUCUGGUGGCGUUAGUUCACGAACUGUGUGGUGUUUUGAAAUAAUUGGGUCAUAUAUUUCGUUGGGCCUAGUACUUAGAAGAGAAAAGCAGAAAGGAUACAAGCGCGUUGGCUAUUUUGAAUGCUCUAUGGAGGAGAGCACGCUGGCCAUGAAGUCCUUCUUUGAUGAGACUGAGCCUCAGACUAUUGAAAUCUACUAG